AUGCGCAUCACUCAGCUUUUGCCCGUGCUUUCCAUAGCCGCGUGCGUCUUGGCUCUCGAGAACGAAGGACAAGCCGCACCCGAGGCCGUGGGCAGCGUCGAACGUCGUCCGGCUGCCGAACCUGAUGCAGUGCCGGCCGGCCUGCCGGUUUCAUUCUCGCGCCCCGACGUGGACCAGCCGGCAUCGGAACUUCUUGAGACGGAAGUUUUUGAGGAGACAGGCACCGACGAUGAAUGGGAUGACUUGACACUGCGGAAAGACAAGAAGAAGAAGAAGAGGAUCAAGAAAAAGUUCCUGCCCCAGAAAUACUUCAUGAUCGUCCACUUACGGUGCAUGGAUAAAUGUACGGGUGAAGGUGGUAGCAAGAAACAGUGCCAGGUCAGGCGGCUUGGACGCAAAGGUAGGAGCAUGUACCCUAGACACGAACAAGGGACCGAAAACUCAAGGAUCGUUGCGUGUUCGUGUUCCUAUUCCGCCGCGGCCUCGCUCAUAAGGGUGCCCAGGCUUUCUCAGACACUCCAGAAUCCAAACUCUACUGCCCGUAUAUCCUUUCCAUCUUGCACUGCACCUUGA